AUGGCAUCUGUCGACAUCAAGAACGACUACAGCAUGGAGGCAGGAUUGUUGAGCACUGACCGAGAAGAGAGGACCAUGUCGUCAAAGGAAGCACUCCUCCAGGAUUCGGAAUCUGCCCAGACCAUCCCACGGACAAAGACCAGAAGGAUAUCCCCAGCUGGCAAGGCCUUGAUUGCUUUGGCCGCUUGCUGUCUUCUGGGCGUUGGUGUAGCAUCCAUUGGAGGCGCUACCCGACUCUGCCCUGGACAUCUCCGCCAUGGUGAUGUUGGAAAGCAUGACAUGAACGCUCAUCGACCAAAUCUUUCCGAUUCCAUGGCCCAGAUGGUUCGACGACAAAACACACCAGCACCUACCGAUACAGAGCAGGGCACUGAUCCUACAAAUGCCGCUUCUGAUGGCGCUUCCAAUGCUCCCUCGGGCGGCUCUUCAGGCGGAGCCUCUGGUGGUGCUUCAAACACCGUACAGCAACCCACUGCUACGGCUGAUGAGCCCACGAACGAGGCUAGCGAGACUGCUGUUCAGCCUUCCGCUACCGCCGGAGAGCCAACCGACCAGGCCAGCGCCACGGAUGAGGCCUCAAACACCCAGGCUCAACCGUCAGUUACUCAGCCAUCUGCCACCAGCCGACCCUCUGCCACUGCCCAACCUACCGAGGACUCAGCUACGGAAGCAUCUCCUUCUGCCACGGAAUCUCAAGAGGAGCCUACUCAGGCUGCAUCCACAGCCGCUUCUACACAGCGAACCACCCGCAGGACCACGGAGAACCGACCCUCGUCCACUGAGGACUCUUCCCCUGAAUCGACCACCGAUGAUUCCGAGGCCACUGCCACUGACCAGGAAACCGCGACUCAGACAGACGAGGCUUCACGAACCUCAGACGAUGCCGAAAGCGCGACUGAGACUAAGUCUGAACGAAGCACUGUGACUGGAACAGGUACCAGACGAACUUCGAGUGCUGUGCCCAAGACCUUCACUUCUACGCUUGAGGAUGGUGGCAUUACAACCCUGACUUCGACUUCUUGGGUUGAGGUUGUCCCCUCGGCCGAAGCCACCGCUGGCAGCCCUGAUCUUCAGAACGCCGCUCCUCGAUCCGUCAGUUCAGUUCUUGGCGCAGUUGUGGGUAUGGUCUUCGGAGGGUUCAUUCUCCUGUAA